AUUCUAACGCAUUACUUUAGCACCGUUUCCAUUGGAUGCUUCUGUAUUUUUCCGCCGAUGGUGAUAUCAUACAGAAUAUCAGCCACGCUUGCCACUGAAUUACAGCUUGUCCUAUUUAGCCAUCUAACCACAAGGCAGAGGCAGAAAACAGUCGUCUCGUUCAGAGAGAGAGAGCGAGAGAGAGAGCUGUGAAAUGGGCAUAUAAACCCGUAUCAAGCAUAUUAUCUAAAUUGACAUUUAAAUACAUCGGAAUGGCUUGUAAUCCAUUACUAAAAAUCCACCCCACUAAACAGUAACUUAAUUACCGGUAUCGUAAUUUGACCGUAAUUAGGGAAAAACCUCGAGCCUGUGGAGAUGGGAUUCCUCCACCAGCUACAUCUUCUGUUGUGGAAGAAUGUGUCUUUGAAGAGAAGAGGACCGUGGGUGUUGGCCUUUGAGAUCUUCAUCCCGCUGGUCCUUUUCUUCAUCCUGCUGGGCCUGCGCCAGAAGAAACCUGCCAUCCCUGUCAAGGAAGCCUUCUACAGCGCAGCACCCCUCACCUCAGCAGGCAUCAUCCCCAUCAUGCAGUCUCUGUGUCCCGACGGCCAGAGGGACGAGUUUGGCUUCCUGCAGUACAAGAACGCCACUGUGACCCAGUUGUUGGAGCGGAUCAGUGAUGUGGUGUUACAGAACCACCUGCUCACAGCAGACAGGCCAGGACUGGGCCAGGAGCUGGAGUCCCUGCAACAACACCUGGAGAGACUCAGCACGCCCACAGGGCCCUCCCCGCUGGACAACGGCUUCAACACCAGCCAAGGGUUCACCGUGGCCAGUAUGUUGAAGAACCAGUCUGUGUUCCGUCAGUUUCUGGUCAGGAAUCUGUCUCUCCCCAAUAACACGGCCAGCCUUCUGCUCUCCACUCCUGUCAACCUCAAAGAGGUCUUCAACAUGAUAUUUGGCCUGUACCCCAGAGCUGGAGGGGGGAGUAGUCAUGCUUCAGGUGGGGCAAAAGAGACCGCACAAACCCCUGCAGAGAAGAGCCUUCAACUGGAAGAGAAGCUUCUGGGAGCCAUGCAUCGUCUGGACGGAGGACUGAUCCACGAAGCUUUACGAGACCCAACCAAAGCAGCCCAUCGGCAGGGCCUACUCAAACUCAUGUCUCAGGCAUUAGGCCUAGCAGAAGGAGAGGCAGGCCAGAGAUACGAUCCCCAGGGCCUGAAGGAGAUGGAGGGUGUUCUCCUGACUGGUGCCAUGUUGGAAAUGCUUACUUGUGGGGAGGAUGGGACUGGUGAGCUGAGCAAGAUCCUAUUGGUUCCUGAGAAGCAGCAGUCCCUGCUCCAGGCCUAUCGCAGCACAGUGUGUGGUGGCGGGGAGAGACAGAGGACUGAGCGCUUUGGAGAGAUGAGCCAGGAGCUGAGAGACCAGAUAGACACACAGAGCCUCGUUGACAAGCUGCGUCUGGAGAAGGUCAACUUCUCGGCUCCUCUGUCCCAGUCCCACCUGGGUGCUCUGCUGAAAGACCUGGCUGACGUGGAGAGGCUCGUCAGGGACGUAGACCUGCUGUCAGGCCUGGCUCGCCUGCUCCCUAAGGGGGCCUGUGCUGGGGGUCAUACGGCCCCUGGGGCCCCCGCCAACACCACCACCUCCUGGGCCCGCAACGCCACUACCUGGGGGCCCAACACCACUGAGACCCCUGGGGAGGAGGGAGGAGAGGAGGAGGGUGGAGGACGAGAGAAAGGGAAAGAGAAUCCUCAUUCACAGUUUUCUGCUUUUGUUCAGCUGUGGGCAGGGCUGCAGCCUAUUCUGUGUGGGAACGAUAGGAUCAUUGAGCCUGAAGCUUUGAAGCAGGGGAAUAUGAGCUCUCUGGGUUUCACCAGUAAAGAGCAGCGCAAUCUGGGUUUACUCGUGCAUCUGAUGACUACAAAUCCCAAGAUCCUCUACUCUCCCGUUGGCUCACAGGUGGACAAAGUCAUUCAGAAGGCAAAUGAGACAUUUGCGUUUGUGGGGAACGUGACUCACUACGCCAGGGUGUGGCUCAACAUCUCUGCCCAGCUCAGGACAUACCUGGAGGAGGGCAAGCUGCACCACCAACUGUCCUGGCUGCAGCUGUUGACCUCUAACCUGCGUGGUCACCCGGAGCUGCUGAACGGGACGGACAGUGACCUGUUGCGUGGGCUGCUGGAUGGCAACUACACCCUGUCCAACACCUCCACCCUGCUGGAGCAGCUGGACACCAUCGACAACGCAGCCUGCGGCUGGACACACUUCAUGUCCAAGGUCAGUGUGGAUAUCUUCAAGGGUUUCCCUGAUGAAGACAGCAUCGUCAACUAUACCCUGAACCAAGCCUACCACGAUAACAUCUCAGUGUUUGCCAGUGUGAUAUUCCAGACCAACAGAGAUGGCUCCCUUCCUCCUCAUGUCCUCUAUAAGAUCAGACAGAACUCCAGCUUCACAGAGAAAACAAACGAGAUCCGCCGGGCCUACUGGCGCCCGGGGCCCAACACAGGGGGAAAGUUCUACUUUCUCUAUGGCUUUGUGUGGAUCCAGGAUAUGAUAGAGAGAGCCAUCAUUAACACGUUUGUGGGCCAUGACGUGGUGGAGCCUGGGAACUAUGUUCAGAUGUUCCCCUACCCCUGCUACACCAGAGACGACUUCCUGUUUGUGAUCGAGCACAUGAUGCCUCUGUGCAUGGUGAUCUCCUGGGUGUACUCUGUAGCCAUGAUGAUCCAACACAUUGUGGCUGAGAAGGAGCACCGGCUCAAAGAGGUGAUGAAGAUGAUGGGCCUGAACAAUGCGGUCCACUGGGUGGCCUGGUUCAUCACCGGCUUCGUCCAGCUGUCCAUCUCAGUGACCGCCCUGACGGCCAUCUUGAAGUAUGGCAGAGUGCUCCUCCACAGUGACAUCCUCAUCAUCUGGCUCUUCCUCUCCAUCUACGCCAUCGCAACGAUCAUGUUCUGUUUCCUGGUGUCAGUGAUCUACUCUAAGGCCAAGCUGGCGUCUGCCUGUGGCGGGAUAAUCUACUUCCUAAGCUACGUCCCCUACAUGUACGUGGCCAUCAGGGAGGAGGUGGCCCAUGACAAGAUCACCGCCUUUGAAAAGUGCAUUGCUUCUCUGAUGUCGACCACAGCGUUUGGCCUGGGCUCUAAGUACUUUGCCCUGUAUGAGGUGUCAGGAGUUGGUAUCCAGUGGCGCACCAUCAACCAGUCGCCUGUAGAGGGCGAUGACUUUAACCUUGGUCUGUCCAUGAUGAUGCUCAUCAUCGAUGCCAGUGUGUAUGGAGUACUCACCUGGUACAUAGAAGCUGUGCAUCCAGGGAUGUAUGGGCUGCCACGGCCGUGGUACUUCCCCCUGCAGAAGUCCUAUUGGCUGGGCAGUGGGCGUGUGGAGACGUGGGAGUGGCCUUGGGGAGGAGCAGCCAGGCUGAGUGUCAUGGAAGAGGACCAGGCGUGUGCCAUGGAACACCGGCGAUCUGAGGAGAUGCGUGGUAUGGAAGAGGAGCCCAGCCACCUGCCCCUGGUGGUGUGUAUAGACAAGCUGACCAAGGUGUACAAGACGGGCAAUAAACUGGCUCUCAACAAGCUGAGCCUCAACCUUCAUGAGAACCAGGUGGUCUCCUUCCUGGGCCACAACGGAGCCGGCAAGACAACCACCAUGUCUAUUCUGACAGGUCUGUUCCCGCCCACCUCUGGCUCAGCCACCAUCUACGGCCAUGACAUCCGUACUGACAUGGAGCGUAUCAGGCAGAACCUGGGCAUGUGUCCCCAGCACAACGUGCUCUUUGACAAGCUCAGUGUGGAGGAGCACCUGUGGUUCUACUCCAAACUCAAAGGCAUGGCCGAGGAGGACAUCCGCAAGGAGAUGGACAAGAUGAUCGAGGAUCUGGAGCUGAAUAAUAAACGGCACAGCCUGGUCCAGACUCUGUCUGGAGGAAUGAAACGGAAACUGUCCGUAGCCAUAGCGUUUGUGGGCGGCUCCCGGGCAGUCAUCCUGGAUGAGCCCACGGCGGGUGUUGACCCUUACGCACGCAGAGCCAUCUGGGACCUCAUCCUCAAGUACAAACAGGGCCGCACCAUCCUGCUGUCCACCCACCACAUGGAUGAGGCUGACCUGUUAGGAGACCGCAUAGCCAUCAUCUCCCAUGGGAAACUCAAGUGCUGCGGCUCCCCACUCUUUCUCAAGAGCACCUACGGAGACGGCUACAAACUCACCCUGGUCAAGAAACAGAGUGAGAGCGGCGACCAGGUCACACAGCCUCCAUUCUUCCUGUCUCCCUGCUCCUCCUCCUCCCUGUCUCCCUCCUCCUCCCUGUCCCCCUCCUCCCUGUCUCCCUGCUCGGAGGCCCGGGUCACCAAGUUCAUCCGUCAGUUCGUGGGGUCCUGUCUGCUGGUGUCUGACUCCAACACUGAGCUAUCCUAUGUGCUGCCUUCGGAGGCUGUCAAGAAGGGCUGCUUCGAGAGGCUCUUUCAGGCGUUAGAGCAGAGUCUGGACCUCCUGGCUCUGACCAGCUUUGGGGUGAUGGACACCACUCUGGAGGAGGUCUUCCUCAAGGUGUCAGAGGAGGACCAGUCCCUGGAGAACAGUGAUGCUGCGGAAGCGGAUGAGACCUCUGGCCCUGAGCAGCCUGUGGUCCUGGAGGACCAGGGCAGCUUGAAGCUGGAGGGUUGGUGGCUGAAGCUACGUCAAUUCCAUGGCCUCAUCGUGAAGAGGUUCCACUGUGCCAAGAGGAACACCAAGGGUCUUUUCUCUCAGAUCCUGCUGCCUGCAUUCUUUGUCUGUGUGGCCAUGACCGUAGCCCUGUCGGUGCCAUCCAUCGGAGAUCUGCCACCAUUGGUCUUGUCUCCAUCCCAGUACCACAACUACACCCAGCCUCGUGGCAACUUCAUCCCCUACGCCAACGAAGACCGCCCACAGUACAGCAGUAAACUGUCCCCAGACGCCAGCCCUCAGAAGAUCGCCAACACGCUCCGUCUGCCUUGUGGCGUGGGCGCCACCUGCGUCCUCAAAACGCCCUUCAACAGCACCCUGGACCAGCUGGCACAGACGCUCAACCCCAGUGCCAACAACUCCAAAACCCUAGCUGCCCGCUACUUUGACUCCAUGUGUCUGGAUUCCUUCACCCAGGGAGUGCCCCUGUCCAACUUCGUACCCCCUCCCCCGCCAGCCCCCUCAGAUGACCCCGACCCUCGUUUUGAGGAUAGACUGUGGAACUUCACUGCUGCCACUCUUACCACUGUACGGGAAACAGUGACCUCUCCCCCCACCUUGCCUCUGUCUAUCCGGGAGCCGGUUCGUUGUAUCUGCUCUAUGCAGGGGACGGGCUUCUCCUGCCCCAGUGGGGUCGGGGGGCGGCCGCCCCUUAUGAAGGUGGUCACUGGGGACAUUCUGGUGGACAUCACCGGGCGCAACGUGUCAGAGUACCUCCUCUACACCUCUGACAGACUGCGCCUGCACAGAUAUGGAGGACUCACUGUAGGCAACAUACAGAAAUCAGUCCCAGCAUCCUUUGGGAAAAAUAAUCCGCUCAUGGUUCGCAAAAUAGCCGUGCGCAGAUCAGCUCAGGUGCUGUACAAUAAUAAAGGGUACCACAGCAUGCCAACCUAUCUCAAUGUCCUCAACAAUGCCAUCCUGCGCGCCAACCUGCCUCCAGGCAAGGGCAACCCUGCUGCAUACGGAAUCACCCUGACCAACCACCCUAUGAACCGUACCAGUGCAAGGCUCUCUUUGGACUACCUGCUCCAGGGCACUGAUGUGGUGAUAGCCAUCUUCAUCAUCGUGGCCAUGUCCUUUGUACCAGCCAGCUUUGUGGUCUUCCUAGUGGCAGAAAAGUCUACCAAGGCGAAGCACCUGCAGUUUGUCUCUGGAUGUGACCCAGUCAUCUACUGGCUGGCCAACUACGUAUGGGACAUGCUGAACUACCUGGUGCCAGCCACGUGCUGUGUCCUUAUCCUGUUUGUCUUUGACCUUCCUGCGUACACAUCCCCAACCAACUUCCCCGCGGUCCUCUCUCUCUUCCUCCUCUACGGGUGGUCUAUAACUCCUGUCAUGUACCCUGCCUCCUUCUGGUUCGAGGUGCCCAGCACGGCCUAUGUGUUCCUCAUAGUCAUCAACCUCUUCAUAGGAAUCACUGCCACUGUAGCCACCUUCCUGCUGCAGCUCUUUGAACAUGACAAGGAUCUGAAACUGGUGAACAGCUACCUAAAGUCCUGUUUCCUUAUCUUCCCAAAUUACAACCUGGGUCACGGCCUGAUGGAAAUGGCCUACAACGAAUACAUCAAUGAGUACUAUGCUAAAAUAGGUCAGUUUGACAAGAUCAAGUCUCCAUUUGAGUGGGAUAUUGUGACUCGAGGGCUGGUUGCCAUGACAAUCGAGGGCUUUGUAGGCUUCUUCAUAACCAUCCUGUGCCAGUACAACUUCCUCAGGAAACCCUCGAGAGUUCCAGUCAGCAGCCAGCCCAUAGAGGACGAUGAUGAGGAUGUGGCCUCUGAGAGAAGGAGAGUACUGAGAGGAGAAGCUGACAAUGACAUGCUGAAGAUUGACAACCUCACCAAGGUGUACAAAUCGAGGAAGAUGGGGCGUAUCUUGGCUGUGGACCGGCUAUGUUUGGGCGUGCGUCCUGGGGAGUGUUUCGGCCUCCUGGGUGUGAACGGAGCAGGGAAGACCACCACCUUCAAGAUGCUGACUGGAGACGAGAGCACCACGGGAGGAGAGGCCUUCAUAGGGGGGAGCAGUAUCCUGAAGGAGCUGUUGAGGGUGCAGCAGAGCAUUGGCUACUGUCCUCAGUUUGACGCCCUGUUUGAAGACCUGACAGCCAGAGAGCACCUGGAGCUGUACACACGCCUCCGGGGCAUCCCCUGGAAGGACGAGGAACGGGUGGUCUCAUGGGCCCUGGAGAAACUGGAGCUGUCCAAGUAUGCAGACAUGCCCGCUGGCACCUACAGUGGGGGAAACAAGCGCAAGCUGUCCACUGCCAUCGCCCUCAUCGGAUACCCCUCUCUCGUAUUCCUGGAUGAACCCACUACAGGGAUGGAUCCCAAGGCCCGCAGAUUCCUCUGGAACCUCAUCCUCGACAUCCUCAAGACGGGACGCUCUGUGGUGCUGACAUCACACAGUAUGGAGGAGUGUGAGGCUCUGUGCACCAGACUGGGCAUCAUGGUCAACGGCAGGUUCAAAUGCCUGGGUAGCAUCCAGCACCUCAAGAACAGGUUUGGUGAUGGUUAUAUGAUCACAGUCCGGACCAAGACCAGUUCCAGUGUGAAGGAGGUGGUGAGAUUCUUCAACAGGAAUUUCCCUGAGGCUGUACUAAAGGAGAGCCACCACACUAAGGUCCAGUUCCAGUUGAAGUCAGAGAGGAUCUCCCUGGCCCAGGUGUUCAGUAAGAUGGAGCAGGUGGUGGAGGUGCUGGGAAUAGACGACUACUCUGUCAGCCAGACCACACUGGACAAUGUAUUUGUGAACUUUGCAAAGAAGCAGAGCGACAACCUGGAGCAGCAGGAGAGUUCGCCCCCUGGUGGAGGCCAGUCGCCACUGCAGCGCCUGCUAACCCUGCUCAGACCCCGGCUGGCCAACACGGAACUCGACGCCCUGGUCAGCGAAGAACCGGAGGAACUAGAGAGUGAUGACGAUGAGGGCCUCAUCAGCUUCGAGGAGGAGAGGGUGCAGCUCUCCUUUAACACAGAUACACUCUGUUGAACUGUGGAAGCUCAAAGAGCCUGGACAGACAAAGUGGGAGGAGGAACCUCAGAGAGGGGGUGUGAUUGGACAGACAAAGUGUAAGGAGGAAAUUCAUAGGGGGCAUGUCUAUAGACAAAUAUGGGAUGAGGAAAUAACAUGAACUAGUCAGACAGAGGAAGAGAAUGUACCUGUUAAUUUUUGGAUUGGAAGACAACCGUCUCCAUCUACCCAGGGGAAAGAUACGUGUUAUUUUUAUCCUCAAACAGCUAACAGUGACAGAGACUGAGGCAUGGGACUCAGAGAAUGAGAUGCAGUGGGACAGAGAACUGAAGUGAGCCUCUCAAAGCUGUCAGAGUCAUCGGCCAUAGUUAAAGCCUGAAGUGUACAUAAGACAAGGCCCCUGUCAUCAUGGGAAGCAUACUGAUACAGUGAGAAAGCUUGUAUUUUAAUAGAGAUAUGUUGUUAUAGGAAUGUCUAUAUGUAUUUAUUUUUGAGAAUGUAUUGAUAAAUGGGAACACUGAAAACCAAUGGGGUCUGUCUAGAAAGGACUAAAAUCACAAGGCUUGAUUUGGUAUUCAUGUUGCCUUCGCUAGUAGGUUGGCUUCAUUCAAUGUUGAUAAUGUCAGAUAUGACCACCUUACUGAGUUUAAUCUUUCCUCAGUUGUUUGACGCAGUGAAUUAGUGGUUCAUCACUGGUCAAAAGUGUUCUGUCCCUGCCAAAGUACAAGGUUGUGUCCUUAAUGACACCCUAUUUCCUAUAUAGUUUACUACUUUUGACCAGGGCCCCAUAAGGCUCUGUUCAAUAAGUGCAUUAUGUACUGAAGGGAUUUGGGUGCUAAGGGUCCUGGUACAAAGUAGUGCACUAAAUAGGAUGUUGGGUGCCAUUUGGGACACAUCCCCAGUGUUCCUAUUCAACCAGAGAUGAUUCCCCCCCCCCCCCUUAAAAAAAAUAAUUGACCUUCCUUGAGAGCAUGCUGUCAUGAAGCCAGUCAAACCAGUGUUGUGUCAUACAUAUACAGUAUAUACAAUACCUAUAUUUUUCUGUGGCAAGAAGAAAGAUGCAUUUUUGAUAUUGAAAUGUAUAUGGGACAGAUGUGUGAUCUGUGAUCGAUUUGGCAAUUAUGGUUUAUAGAGGGAAGUAAAUGACCUUUGGAAAAAGCGGCAAGUUUUGACAUGAGUCCUGAAUCGUUGGCCUUUUAUUUGAAAUCACUUUAUUAGACGAAUUGAGUCACAGAGGAACGCUACACGACAUGUCCUGUUUUAAGAGAAUGCCUCUACUUGUUGAUACUGAAGGUGCCUCCUUAACCUCAAGCCUCUUCAUUUGGACAGGGGACAGUAUAUUUUUGUCUCGUCAUGAUAAAUAGAGCACUUUCUACUGAAUGCUUUAUUUUGUGCUUCUACAAAUCAUAAUGAUUUGGAUUCUUUCAAGAAGAUCACAUUUUGGACACAAUGUAAUAAUGUAGUUAACAGUGAAGGUUAUCCUCAAGAUCAUUGAAGUUAUUGAAAACCAUGAAAAAAACCUAAUAAUAACUCUCUCGUGUAAUAAUUAAGGUCACGCGCAAGAUGUACAAUAACAAGCACUACUGCACUACUAUCACUGUGAGACAAAGAAGUUGAACUUUCAGAUCAUUGUUUAGUUUGAACUUAAAUGGAUUGUAUGAUUUCCAAGAUGCUUUAAAGGCAGUUGGCUUACCCUACGUAUCUUUUGGAAGUUGGAGCACAUUUAAAGACCAGCCACACCACGUCAUUAGUGAAGGGAAAGGUUUCUGUUAUUGAAUAGUAUGUUGGCAUGUGAUUUGAACUGGAUAUGUUCAUGGAGUGUUUGUGUUGUGAAGAGCCAGUUGUAAUAUAUCCUUAUUCUUCUCAGAGGACACUUCAUUUAUUUCACGGAUUAAUUCAACGUAAUAUAACAUAUGUUUUGGUGAUUUCUUAAUGUGAGACCUACUUGGACGUAUUUGCUAAUUUUUCUUGACUGUGGUGGGGUUGUUAUCCUUUUACUAUUAAGUAGAGGAAACAGACUGUUGUAAUUAGUUUUCAUCAGAAUGUAAAGUAGGUUAAAUGUUUUACUGAAGUCCAGGAAAUAAUAUGAGAACAAGAAACAAUGCCUGUUUUUGAGAUGUGUUAAGUAAUGCUAUCUGUAUUUGUUUAUGUUUAUGUAUAUGUUAUGUAUCUGAAAAGCAGUAAGGAAAGAUGUAUUGAACUUGAAACAAACUUGUGUCCUUUAACUCAGACUGAAUGAUGACCGUGAUGCUCUACUUUAACUAGAGUUCUGUGACCUCAAAAGGAACAUCAAUGUGAUUUAGGCCCAUUUUGGAUAAUUUGAUCUAUUUAACUUCUGUUGCCACCCAAUGUAUCUCGGAAUAAUUGUAAGAUCAAGGUAUUUGAAGUUUUCCCUGAGCAAAGCUUGACUUUUUUUAAAAGAGCAACAUUUAGGAUACUUUCACUUUCUCUUCAGCGCAGAAUUCAGUACAUACAUGUAUCUGGGGUAAAACUAUUUAACACUGAUGUUUUUUUGACACCAGCAAAUAUGAGAGUUAGGUGCAAUUCUACAUGGUUUCAAAUACUGUAUACUAUGGGAUGUAAAAAAAAUAUUCAGUCAAUCUAGUGAAAACUCAGCUUUACUCUAAAGCUGAAUGCUUUGGAAUUUAUCCAGGCAGUGUAUUGUACGUGUGCAUAUGAAUAUAAAUAUAUAUUUAUAUGUUGUGAAAAUAUGUCAGUUGACAUUAUUCUGUUGUAAAGCAUCUGUCCAUGUUGUUCUCGUGUUAUUUUUGGACUUAAUGUAACAUCUGGUCUUGUUCCUGAUUUUACUGUUGUUUCGGUACUCUGUGCUUCACGUUUGGUGAUCUGGAUUUUUUUACAAAAAAAUGUACAAAUCAAUCAGGUAUCAGUUGGGUACUUUCUAUGGUUUCGUUCCUAAAUUGAAUUACGGUGUUCUAGCUAUACCUUGAAAACGUUAGGUAUUUGGACCAAAUAAUUGACAUGCACUUUGAAAGCUUGCAUUCAUUUCGCUUAAAAUAAAUAUAUGAGAAUAGGAGUGUGAUAUAUCCAUUUCAUUUGAUGAUGUCCGGAGGAGUUUUUACUGACAUUAUUCAACAGGAAAAUGCAGUGAUUUACAGAGGCUCUUUAUCCAUAUAUCUAAAACCUCAUGACGACCAUUUUGGAUCGUGUUCGUCAUUAUUUGAUCUAAUUAAACCUCGCUACCCAACACAUCCCUGUGCAUACUAGUUAAGGCCAUUGAAGUUUUCAAUGAGCAAAGCUUGGUUUAAAAAAAAAAAGUUAAAUUGAGGAUUUUCUUAGAGCUCGAUUGAGUCCUUAGCUCUGAAGAUCUGAGUUGUAGAGUGAUUUACAUUUAAAGGCAAUGUUCCCACGUUAGUGGAGACUGCAUUCAGUCUGCAUGUCGGCUCGAUUGGAAAUCAUCCUUAAAUGUCAACGGUAGUGAUUGAAUUGAGCCCUAAGUUUUAUUUUCAGUGCAGAGCAUACUGUACAAAAGUAUCUGGAGAAAAAAACGAUUAAACACAGGUUUACACCAGCAAAUAUCAGUUAGCCUAACUUAGUUAAGUGCAAAUACUGUACACUAUGAGAUGAAAAUACAUCAAUCAUUCUAGUGAAUACUCAGCUUUCAUCUGUAGCAAAAUGCUUUGGAAUUUAUCCAGGCAGUAUAUGUGUGCAUAUGAAUAUAAAUGUAUAUUCAUAUUUUAUGAAAAUGUGUCUGACAUUAUUCUGUUGUAAAGCAUCUGUUCAUAUUGUUCUCGCGUUACAUUGGGUCUUAAAGUAACAUCUGGUCUUGUUCCUGAUUCUAAUGGUGUUUCUGUACUCUGUGCUUCACGUUUGGUGAUCUUGAUUUUUAAACAAAACAAAUAAAUCAGGUACCAUCA